AUGAUGAUCGGGCGGAGGCGGUUCGUGAACCUGGUGGCGGAGAACAUCAAGACCGCGGUGUUCUCGGUGCACCGCAUGAACGUCUCGGAGCACCUCUUCUACCCGUCGACGGCCGAAGCAGAAGCGGCCAGGCCAGCACAGGUGGUGUCGAGAUUGGGGGCGCUGCCGCCGCCGGCCGCCAGCUUCCGUGCGGCGUUCGUUACUGCGUAUAAUGGUCAGCUUUUCGCGCUGGCGAGCCCCCGGAGCAGCGAGAGCAGGAUCCUCUGGAGCAGCUCGGUGCCGCGCAGCAGCCUCCUCUACGACUUGGAAUCGAACUCCCACCACGUGGUACCAAACCUCAGUUACAAAGGGCGCAAUCCCAUCGCCAUCUCCAUCGCCCGCCCUGAUGCCCCGGAAGAGGACAUCUACGUCAUGAGCGUCGGCACUGACUACCCCGGAUUCGAAGUCCUCAGAUUCGGCCGCUCCGCGCAAUGGUAUUUACAACAUCGUCCGGAGUCGUGGCAGUUGGAAUCCCUUCCAGAGCCACCCCUGCCCUACGGUGCCAAAAUCCGCUCCCACGCGGUUCUCCACGACGGCCGCACCAUCUGUGUCACGGCCCCGGACGACCCGUACGCCGCCGGUGGCCCGUACGGCGCCUACCUCUUCGACACGGUGAAGCGCGAGUGGAGACGACCGCCUGGCGGCUGGAAUCUGCCCUUCUUCGGCGGUGCCGAGCACGUCCCCAACCUCAAGCUCUGGCUGGGCCUCUGCAGCAGGGGCCGCCGCCUGUGCGCGUCGUCGGACCUCUCCGCCGCCCUUGACGAGGGGAAACCGCCGACACUGAAGCAUCAAUGGGACAUCGUGGUGAUGCCCGAGGAGUGGCAGCCAGGGAAGGUCAGCCUCAUCAACCUUGGCGAGGGUAGGUUUUGCAUCUUCAAGGUCAUGCAUUGGGUGGUGGACGAGGACGACGGGUUUGAUGGCUUCUCUGCCCGGGCUCUGCUCACCGGCGUGGAGGUGAUUUCCUCUCCAGAAGAACAAGGGCUCAGGAUGGUCGCGCACAAGUCUUUUAGUUACAUCUUGGGCAAGGAGAGGAUCGAAUGGGUGGUAUAA